CAAGCAUUCGAGACGGAGCUGCCGCCUACCUUGUGCAGGUGUCAACGCUCGUUCUAUUCCUCCUAAUUUUCUGUAUUCCAAGGAUACGGCACGAUCAUGACUCGGCGCAGUGUUGGUAUGAUUCUUUCGGCGGUUUGGCUAGCACUCCUGACGCUACUGGGAUCGACGGCGUACGGGACAAUGGCGUUUACGGCGGCGGGGCCUCAACGGACACGAUUCGCGAUGAGUCCGCUCGGCGGGGCCACGACCAUGGAUCCACCCACGAAGGAACGAACCCAAAGUGAAACGAACCGGCGACGACGCGGCAGUGACAACGAUCGUACGAACGACGACGAGGACAAUACGGAAUAUCCCGAUUUGGAAUAUCUCCAGGAUUCCGCAGAAUCGCGGGAAAUCAACGAUCCUUUUCACAUUCUGCUCAUGGGAUCGACCUUUGACAAGCCCAAAAUCACGGUCACCUACGUGUCCGGAAGCCUAGAAUACGUUUUGCAGAUGCCAUCGGAGGAGGCGACGGAAUUGUCCAGCUUUGCUCGGGAGGAAGGCAUGGCGUGUCUGGGAACAUGGCCACGCGAAAAAUGCCUGAAUCUGGGACGGCAGCUACAAAUGCGCGAUAUCGUGUGCCGCGUUGUACCCUUUUGUGAAGGAGGACAACGAGGAUGGCAGGCCAAGGAUGCCAGCAACGAGGACAAGGCGGGAGCCGGGAGGAGUAGUAGUGGCAAUAGCGACGGCGGUGCCUUUUAACGUUUAGCUUAAAACUAACGCAGGGCACUUGAUGG